GCUAUAGAGGAAUACAAAAAUUAUGUCACAGGCACAAGAGGGCGAGAGUCUUUAACAUAUAUUUUCAUUCCGCCGCCUAAGGAUGACGUCGAAGGGGACUAUGAGGAAGAAUUAAAAGCAGUAGUCAAAUCUCUCAAUGAGGUACAGAAAGAGGAAACGAACAAAGAAGACAGCAGUUGGUCAAAAGCUACUGUAGUAGCACCUGACGAACAAACGAGGAAAGCUAUACAAAACGUCACUGAAAGUAACUCAACAAAGAUAUUUUCAUUCGAUGAUGACAAACCGAUUGAAGAUCAGCUUGACGAUUUGGUCAAUAAAACGAUUGAUAACGUUGGUAAAUUUUAUAAAUAUCUACUCAACGCUACUAAUUAA